CACACGGACCGUUCAGGGGGUGUGGUGUCACAUGGUGCUCUUAAAUUGCUGGAGUUUUGGAUAGGUUGCACAAAGUGGACAGAAGCAUCCAACAGAUAAACAUCACCUGAGGACUGAAGCAAGAAUGGACGCAGGUCUCAGACCAGAGAACGGCGAACAAAGCUCCCUGACCUCAUCUUACCUGGAAGAACAGACGAACAAAUCAGGUGUGCUGUCCUGCAUCUUCUCUCUGAAGGAGGAGGUUGGUGCCCUUGCAAAAGCACUUCGACUUUUUGAGGGAAAAGGAAUUAAUCUGACCCACAUUGAGUCCCGCCCAUCACGCAGUAACAAAGGGCAAUACGAGUUCUUCAUCAGAGUGGAUCCGGCCUCCUCCAAAGAUCUUGAUGAAGUUGUAAAUGACCUACGCACACAGAUCAGCGGCCAGGUGCACGAACUGACUCGCAACAAAGAAAAAGACACAGUUCCAUGGUUUCCCAAUGACAUCCAGGACCUGGAUCGUUUUGCCAACCAGAUUCUCAGUUAUGGGUCGGAGCUGGAUGCAGAUCAUCCUGGCUUCACGGACCCCGUGUACCGCGCCAGGAGAAAGGAAUUUGCUGACAUCGCGUACAACUACAGACAUGGACAACCUAUUCCAAAUGUGGAAUACACAGCUGAAGAGAAGGCCACAUGGGGAACGGUUUUUAGAGAGUUAAAGACUCUGUACCCCACACACGCCUGCCGCGAACACAACCGGGUUUUUCCACUGCUGGAAAAAUACUGUGGCUACCGUGAGGACAACAUACCACAACUAGAGGACAUCUCACGCUAUCUGCAAUCAUGCACAGGGUUUCGUCUGCGUCCUGUUGCCGGUCUCCUCUCUUCUCGUGACUUCCUGGCCGGUCUCGCUUUCCGGGUGUUUCACUCAACCCAGUACAUACGGCACAGCUCCAAGCCCAUGUAUACACCUGAACCCGACAUCUGUCAUGAGCUGCUUGGUCACGUCCCGUUGUUUGCAGACCCAAGUUUUGCCCAGUUCUCACAGGAAAUUGGACUGGCUUCUUUGGGCGCACCUGAUGAAUACGUUGAGAAGCUGGCUACUGUCUACUGGUUCACUGUAGAAUUUGGACUGUGCAAACAAGGAAAUGAAAUAAAAGCUUAUGGGGCAGGUCUGCUGUCAUCUUUUGGUGAACUACAGUACUGUUUGACAGACAAGCCAAAACUUCAUCCCUUUGAGCCGGAAAAGACCAUUCUGCAGAAGUAUCCCAUUACAGAGUUCCAGCCUGUUUACUUCGUGGCCGAGAGUUUUGAGGACGCCAAAGAAAAAGUCAGGAAAUUUGCAUCCACUAUACCCAGACCUUUCUCCGUGCACUACAAUGCCUAUACACAGGGCAUUGAAGUGUUGGAUAACACACAUCAGCUGAAAAAUCUGGCUAACACCAUCAAUGGUGAGAUGUCAAUCCUGUGCAAUGCCCUACAGAAGAUGAAAUGAAGAAUGAUGCAAUGAUGCUAAUACUGACGGAAGUAAAGAAGAUAUUGCAGUGUGAAAUGAAAAAAUGCACAUGCGUUAGCUUUUUGCAUUGCUUUUUGAUGCCAUAUUUAUAACGUUGUACUAAUCAAAUUGUGCAAGAUAGACAAUUAACCGUUUAGCAAUAAUAUUAACGUAGUCUUUAAUCCAUGUAGAAAUUUAUUAAUUUUGCACGUACAUAUAUAUAUAUGCUAUUAACCAAAUAUUUAUCUGAGAUAUAACGAAAUAGCUAAAGAAAUCGCCUGUACUGAAGCUAUACCAAAAAGGACUGGGCAUUAUGAAGCUUGCUUGCAAUGAGUGUAACUUUAUACAUUUAUAUUACUGUGUUUUAUUCUCGAUUGAAAACGAAAAAAAUAGGGAUUGCCUGCGUCGACCAUUUGCUUCAGCUGUUGCUGCUUUGUGCUUCACAGCAUAAUUUUCUCAACCAACCCGCAAUCAACCAAAUUACUGGAUCAAAGGGUUGAUAAUACCAUGUACUGAGCCAUUUCACUUGGGAGAAAAUCCUUUAAAAAAUGCUUUUGUUUAUAUGCUUAAACGUCAGUUAAAUAAAAUAUAGCAACAUACAGAAAUAUGCUGUAUUUGUAUUAAACUUAAUGUGGACUAAAGUAUCAUCUGUGACUGUGACUAAAAAUGUGAACUGAAAUGUUAUGCAUGCAUUGUUACAAUGUAUUUUUAAUAAUCAAUAAAGGCAUUAUUAUUAUUAUUAUUA